AUGAUGGGAGAAGCCUGGGAUGACCUCGCCGCCUUUCGAGCCCGCCGGGAAGAAUGCGCUGGGGAGGUUGCCAAGAUAAAAGCCAGAUGCGCCCAGGACCAUCCACAGCACAAGCACGUUCUUGAAUGUCGCGAGUGCUACCCACAGAUCAUCACUUGCAUGCGCAGCUGGUUUCUGGACACCAAGAACCAAGAGUGGUUCUCUGGGCGCGAGGCUUUUCUGGGCGAGCUCAAGGCCCUGUUUGCCGCGGCGCUGGAUCAUGCGGUCGGCUUGGAGGAGAUCGAUGCGCGCAUCGACAUGGAGCGGCGCAAAUGGUAUCAAGAGCAGAUCAAGUCAUCGCCCAGUAUUCGAAAAAGCCUGGAGGAGUUGACGGAUCAUAAGGAUGUGCUGGCCAAGGUCGGAAACGGCACACCGUUCGACGAUCUCCUGGAGUCCAUGCAAGCCGCUCUCGACGGCGCCAGCAGCAGGGAGGACGCAAGAAGGAGCCUUGAUCGUCUGCUCGUAGCCAAGUCGCCAGAGGAGAAGUACCAGCUUUACAAAGAGACCUUCUUUCACGUCUCGUCGGACGAGCACAUAUCCCAAAAGACACAGUUGUAUGCCGACCGACUCCAGACCGGCGCGACCAUGGACGAGAUCGUGAACAAGAUCUCCUUGGACCGCCGCUCCAGCAUAGGGGCAUCGGAUCAGAAGGAGAGGAACCGUAAGCGGAUAGACGAGCUCCGCAGAGCCAGGGCCGCGCACGAGCUGCAAAAGUCCAAGAAGGCGAGCGGUCGCAAGGACACACAGAGGCCGCAGCCCCCGAGCGAGGUCUACCAGCAGCCUCCGUGCAGUGUCUGCAGGGGAGACGUGGACACCAGGGGCUUCUAUCCCUGCAACGCAUGUGUGGUUAUGGUGGACGCAGGGAUCCGGUCCAGGGCGACGGUCUACUGCUCGCCCGCUUGCAGAGACAGUGACCGAGGUGAAGAAUCCCACGUGGAGGAAAGCCACGCAUGUGCAAGUGGCAACUAUUGCACACAGAUCACCGACGAGGACAUCGAUAUGGACAUGGACAGCAAGCGAUUACUCCUGUGCCGGGAAUGCACGCACCUCCACAAAAUCGAAUCGAUUUUCUGUUCCUUACGAUGUGCAGACAACAACUUCCGGCGCCACCGAGAAGAGAUACAUAUACCCGGCCGAGCGCGAAGAUCAAUUCAGGUCAACAGGGACAUGGACGACAUCGUUUUUGACGGGGAUGACAGGUCGAGAUAUCAUGCUCGGGAUAUAAAGUUGCAUGUGGUGUCAUUGGACGAUAUGCUUGAGGAUUUUGCGCAGAAGAACGGGAUUGAGAUGCACUGA